AUGGCUUCCUCAACCUCGUUCUCCCGCUUCUUCAUCUCCUUCUUCUUCGCUGUCGUCGUUCUCGUCUUUCUCGUUCACGUUUCAUUCCUCACAAGUACUGCCUCCGGCGACGAGUACCAGUACCAGCACCUGCACCUGCAUCUCCACGAGAGAAACCUCGGCGCGCCCAACGGCACGAUGGUGUACGCGGUGGAGCUUCGCCGGGAGGCCCCUUAUGGAAACGGCUUCGGAAACAUCAUUGUCUUCGACAACGUGCUGCGCGAGACGGCGGAACCUGCCUCGCCGGCCAUUGGCAUGGAGCAGGGCUUCGGGGUGGGCUCCAGUUUGGCUCAGAAUUCCGGCCUCACCAUGCUGGAGCUGGUGUUCACCGCCGGAAGGUACGGCAGGAGCUCCCUCUCCGUGUUCGGUACAUUAAGGUCGACGGAAGGCGCGUCGGAGCGGGCGAUAGUCGGCGGAAGCGGCGAGUUCCGGCUGGCGAGGGGCUACGUGUUGUCCAGGGUCGGCGGCGGCACUAACGAAACACUCAUUUGGGAGCUCGAUGCUUAUAUUUUGCGUCACCAUAACUAA